AUGGUGUGGGACAGUCAGGAGAAUCAGACCUUCGACGCAGACUUCAUCUUGCUGGGAGUCUUCAGUAACAGCCCCACCCACACCUUCCUCUUCGCUCUGGUCUUGGGCGUCUUCUCAGUGGCCUUCAUGGGUAACACUGCCAUGGUUCUCCUCAUCUGCCUGGACUCCCAGCUCCACACCCCCAUGUACUUCCUCCUCAGCCAACUGUCCCUCAUGGACCUCAUGCUCAUCUGCACCACUGUACCCAAGAUGGCCUUCAACUACUUGUCUGGAAAGAAAUCCAUCUCUCUGGCAGGUUGUGGGACCCAGAUAUUCUUCUAUGUGUCCCUGCUUGGAGCAGAAUGUUUCCUGUUGGCUUCGAUGGCCUAUGAUCGGUAUGUUGCCAUUUGCCAGCCACUACGAUACCCAGUUCUCAUGAGCCAAAAAAUCUGUGGUCUGAUGGCUGCUGCUUCUUGGAUUCUUGGCUCACUUGAUGGUAUCAUUGAAACUGCGGUCGCGUUGUCCUUCUCGUAUUGUGGCGCCCGGGAAAUACCUCAUUUUUUCUGUGAUGUACCCGCCCUCCUUACUCUCUCGUGCGAUGAUACUUUGAUGUUUGAAAGGGUGAUUUUUAUUUGCUGUGUAAUUAUGCUUCUCUUCCCCGUAGCAGUAAUCGUUGCUUCUUACACUUGUGUCAUCCUGGCUGUCAUUCACAUGGGGUCUGGGGAGGGUCGCCGCAAAGCUUUCGCUACGUGUUCCUCCCACCUCAUGGUGGUGGGAAUGUACUAUGGAGCAGCCAUGUUCAUGUACAUGCGGCCCACAUCUUCUCACUCACCCGCCCAGGACAAGCUGGUGUCGGCCUUCUACACCAUCCUCACCCCCAUGCUGAAUCCCGUCAUCUACAGCCUCCGCAGCAAAGAAGUGGCCAGAGCAUUCACAAAGAUAUUAGGGAAGGGCAAGUCUGGAGAGCAAAGUGACUAA